CGUUGUCUGCACAAAUAUUGUGAGUUCUGGUGAACGCGUACGUGCCUUUAAAUAUGGCUUCAAAAGUGUGAUAUGUAGUGUGCUGUAUGAUGGAUUUCUAAUGUUGUAAACAUGAUCAGCGUGUUUCUUUAAAGAAAAAGUAUCUUCAAGUAUAUUAAUUAGUGCGCUUUGGGAUAUUACAGUGUUAUUAUUGCCAGCUGUUUAUAUUUUUCAUCACAUGUCAGCAAGUUUGGAUAGUGGAUAUUCUAUCUUCACAGGAAAAUUAUAAAGGAUGUGUGCAUAAAAAUGACUUCCCUGAAAACAGAGUGCAGAAAAUUUUCCCCGAAUAUAUUCAAUAAAAGCAAAUGUCAAAAUUGCUUUCGAGGAAAAGAUGCACAUUCAUCAGAGGCCCUGGAAAGCAAUAGGGCCACUCGGAAGGUGUGCUGUUGUGGGUACUUGUUUGUUGCCCCGGACUGGGAUUUCUCUUUACCUGCCAAUCGAAAUAAGCGGUGGCAGAGAAGAUGGUUUGUAUUAUAUGAUGAUGGAGAGCUGGCAUACUCUGUCGAUGAACAUCCUGAGACUGUUCCACAAGCUGUUAUUGACAUGAAUUGUGUUUUGGAAGUCGCUGACGCAGAAAACGUGACUGGCAACCCAUUUGCAUUAGCUGUGACAUGCCCUGAUAAAGUUCAUUUUAUCAAAGGCAUGAGCAAAGAUGAAUCAAAAAAGUGGUUUGAAGUCUUGUCAAAAUUUCCACGAAAUACAGUUUGUGGAAAGUACAAAAGAAACGCUACAUUUCCCUGUAUUAAAUCAACAACUGUACCCAAAUUGGAUAGUGCCUCCACUAAUAUAUCUAACAGAAGAGAUACUGUUGAAAUAUCUAAUUACUCAAAACAUAACGGCUAUGUCAACAGCUUAAAUCGGAAUAAUAGGAAUCAGAAUUCUAGUGUGCACUUUGAUCCAGAUGAUGAUGUUUUUCCAACAAAAGACACAAGUACUUGCUCUAAAGUUAAACAUCUUGAAAAUAUGCAAGAUAAAAAAAAGGAAGAAACAUCGUCAGUUCAAAGUGAAACUACUUCUACGAGAAAUUCACUGCAGGAAAAGGGGAAUACAAAAUCAGAGGACAUUAAGAAGUAUUUAAAGCAAGAAUCUAAAGAUCUGAGAAAACCCCACAGUCGCUCUGAUGUUACAAAAAUGAUACCUUCUGUCAUUGAGGACAAACUGAUUGUAAAGCCAGACUGGAAAAAAGUUUCUCUAGAACUUAACAAUCCUGAAUGUAUUGGGAAAAGUUUUCACAAUCCUGUCUAUCUUUUGAUGUCAGAUGUACCAUCAGGGAAGAAAAUCGAUUCUUAUGAAAACUUUUUUAGUCGAGAGAAACCAAGAUAUUUAAGACGCCAAUCUAGUUUUGGAAAGAAAAGUGAUUUGCAAAACCAGAUAUUAUGGUCUGAAGAAAAAGAUGAGGAACUUAAGAAUAGAACAAUUCACAAGUCAGCCUCUGUUCCAAAUGCAGUAUUGAGAGAAGACAAUAAAAUUUUUAUGAAUGGAACUAGUAAGUCCUUACAGGACAAAUAUUCAACUGACAGUAAAAGCCAGUCAAAGUCUACUUUAAGUCAAAUUCGGGGAGAUCCAGAUGGCUGCAAUUUAGAUUCUUUGCCAUCAUAUUGUACAUCAACUGCUGAAUUUGUUGGAGAUCAAAAUAAUGAGAGUGUAUUCUUGAAGAAAGGCUGGCUUGUGAAGCAAGAUGAUUGCAAAUGGAAUAAGUACUGGUUUGUUCUCAGAAAUUCUGCACUCACAUUCUACAGUGAUCCUAUAGCUGAAGAUGCUGGCAUUUUGGAUGGUGUAGUAGAUCUCAGGAAGGUUAAAAGUGUUUCUGAAGUCCAAAGCAGUAGUGGGCACACAUUUUGUGUUUUGAUGAAAGAUUUCUCAAAACUGUAUCUGUCAGCAGUCACAGCAAAAAUUCGAAACAAUUGGAUCCGGGCUAUACUUCAAGCAGCAAAUCUGAAGUCAAUUUCAUGUGAUGACAAUACUCCAAAAAAGAAACAAGAUGUGGACUUGAAAUCAAUCGAUAUUCCAAAAGAAAAUACUUCCAAUUUAAUUUUUCCUGAUAGUUCUGUUUCAAGUUUAGAUUCUGAAAAAAGUUGUUCCAGUUCAAGUUCUAAAACAAUUGUUGAAGAUGAAUAUCCUGAUAAUAGAGGUCCUAAAUCAAUGGCAUUGCCUCCUUCACCUCCUCUUGCUCGUACAGCCAUUUCUAGAGUUAAAGAAAGAGCCAAAACACGUUCCAACUCUCGUACAAGAUGUUCUAGAUUCCGUUCAACCGAAAUCAAUGAGUCAGAUCAUAAUUAUUUGGCAGACAGUGAUGAUGGGACCACUGAUCAUUCAAGUUCAAGUCUUCCAAAUUCUGCUGUUGUGAAUACUAAGGAAAAAAGGAACUCUAAAGAAAAUUCUUCCAAAUAUUCUGAAGAAAAAAGCAGGCCUGAACGACGUAGAAGCUUUAGGUUAUCAAAUUUGGAUAAUCUUUCACUCCAUGAUGGCAGGAAAAAAGUCAUAGAUAUAAAAGAUAAACUAGAAGAUUCUUCAUGGACCAUAUGGUUAGAUAUUUCAAAAUUUUGUAAAGAAGUUGAAUCAAAGUUAGAUGACAUUGAAGAAAAGAGUCCAAAAAAUGGUCCUCAUUUAUCUGGAGAUCAAAAGAAAGAGAUUAGUAAUUUAGUUACCAGUCUUGGACGAGUAGAAGACCGUCUUCACAAAGUUCAGAAUGAACUUGAAAAAGCAAAAGUGACAUUACUUAUCAACAAUAAAGACAAUGAUUUAGGUUUGAGUUUAAAUAAAGCUAUUGCUUGUCAUUCAUUGAAACAAGAAGUUUCUAAAUUAAGCGGUACAUCAAAUCAGAAUGUGCUUAUAGCACAACAAUUAAAUAAAGUCCGUGAAGAAAAUAAGAGAUUAAAAGUUGAACUGAAAACUGCUCAAGCUUCGUCUGAUGAUUUUGAACUUCAGUGUAUAUCUCUAAAACAGGCAAGUGACCAAGCAGAUAAGCUUCACCAAUCCCAGAUGGAACUUAUGGUUGCUAGGGUAGAUGACCUAACUAGCAAACUACUAGCAUCUGAGAAGAAUGUUAGGCAGCUAAGGCAAAGGGUGAUGAAAUUAGAACAGCGGCAAGAACGGAGAAGAAGUUCACUGAAAGGAAAAGAAGCUCUUAGUUUGUCAAAGGAAUAUGAAUCAAAGCUCUCAGAACUAGAACAAAAAAUAGAUGCAGUAGAAGGUGUCUUGAAAAAUUCUGAUUGUAUUUCUGUUGAUAUUUGCAAAGAUAAAGAAGAAAUAAAUAGAGAAUCACAGAGCUUACUAAUGCGACUACACAAUUUGGAUAAAAAAGUAAAGGAUGUAGCUGAAACUGUAUCUUCACCCCCUGAGGAAGUAAAAUUAAAACAGGAUGACCUUCCAAAACCCAAAAUUCGCUUACAGGUUAAUUUGAAUGAAAAUACACCCCAGGACACUAAUGAAGAUUGGAAUUCUUUAUCUUUAUCAGCGAGUAUGACAGAUUUAUCUAAUGCUGAUAAAGAUGAAAUUUGUAGUGAUGAUCCUCUAUCAUUAACUUUUAAUGAUUGUUUGGAAAGCUUAGGGCAUAAAGUAUCAUCAUUAAUAUCUUGGUUAAAAACAACACUGCAACUUCUUUAUGCGCAGGGUAAUGUAACUUCUUUUCAUUCUUCCAAAAUGGACUUUAUAAGCUGUGAGGCUGCUGAAGAGCUUGGUAAAUUAGUUCAGGCUCUAGAUCAUGUUACGGGUAAAAUGGAUGAUCCAUCAGUAAUACCUCAAGAUAUUACCUGCAUUGUCAGUAGGUUAUUGUAUAAUAUUAUUUUGUUACAAGAAGUAACAAAUGUAAUUUUUAAAAUGAACGAUUUUGAAAAGUACAAAACUGCCGUAUUAGUGCAGCACUUGAACAGAGUCAAACAGGCAGUCAUAGGUAUUGAGCAAUAUAUACAACAGAAGUCUAAUCCUGUCCAUAACAGUGUACAGAAAACAAGUUUGUGCAAUAUAGUGGCAUGUCUGUUGUUUUAUAGAAGUUCUUGUAAAGAAAUAAUGGACGUUUCUGACAUAAAAGAUUUAUUUGAAGAUGUAGAUAGUCAGAGGAAAAAAGUGUGCACUGUUUUAACUGAAUUCAAAGGAAAGUUCAUGGAAAGGUUUUGUACAACAAUUUUAGAACUUUCUGAGGAUUCUAUGAAUGAUAAAAUUUCUCCAAAAUCAACAGACCAAAAAACUGAUCUGAGGCCUCUUGGUCAAAAGCAGUUUCUUUCACACAUUAGUCAUAUAAUAUCCCAAGUAUCACAAUCAUUCAUUGCUCAUAUUUCCAAGUCAUUAAAUGAAGUGUAUUUUUUAUGUUCCAGUUUUCAGUAUAGUGAGAAAUGGACUGAAUAUAUAUGUAAAUUAUUGCAACAGGAACUAAGUCUUUUAUCAUCAGAAAUUAAAAGUAUCUGUAUAAAAAAUCUGGAAAAUAGUUUCUUUUCAAGUAGCAAAUGUGGUGUUCUUGUCGAAUAUAUGCAUUGUUCAAUAUCUGAACUUGCACAGCUUGUUUCGAUAAUUACAGUUAUAGAUGGGACAGUUAUAUUAAUCAAAGAUGCAAUUUACAGCGAUAGUGAUGUGUCAAAAAAUAUAAUUCAGAAUAAUUUUUCAGGAGAUAAAGAAGCACUCAAUACAUUCCAUGAAAAUUUACAGCAACGAUCUAUGAGCAUAAUGUCAAAUCUUCCCUUGUACAGGUUUCCGAAUGCAUUCUUUAGUUUAUGCAACCCUAAUGAACUAAAUGUAGCUCAUCGAAGUGUCUCUAGUCUUUUGUGCUUUAAGCAAAAGUGGAAACAAGCUAUUGAAAAUGAAAUGAAAGAACAUCAUUUGCAGCUUGAAAAGCUUACUGCAAAAAUUUCUGAGUUACAAGCUGAGCAAAAGAGACGAUUAGAGGAAGGCUGCAAAUCUUGUAUCGAGUUGAGGCAAGAAGUAAGUUACCUCCAGGCUGAACUCGACGAAAGCCGAACAUUAGCUCGAAGUGGAACACUCUGCGAGAAAUGUCGUAAUUUGAAACUUGAAAUCCAGCAUCUGAUGGAGCAACAUGAAAAAGAUCUAGCACUUGUGGAAAAGUUUGAAGAACAAGAAUUACUAUGGAAAGAUCAUGUACAGAAUAUUAUGCAAGAGAAGGAGAAACAAUUCAGUGAAGAAAAGUGGAAACUGGAAAAAGAGCUGCAGUCCGCUCAAAAGAAUUUGCAGAAAAUAGAAAAUAAGUAUGAUGAAGAAAUACGAAAUUUACAACACAUGUAUGAACAGAAAUUACAGCAGAAACAUGAAAAUAUACGAGAAGAUCUUAUUAAACUGAGAUACAGCAGUGAGAUAGAGCAGCUAAAGUCAUUGUGUGAGAAAGGCUUAUCAGCAAUGGAUGCUUCUCAUAAAAAGAUAAUAUCUGAAUUAGAAAUGAGGCAUCAAAAAGAGUUAGAAGACUUAAUGGCAGAAAGAGAAAAAGCACUAGCAGAUGAAGCACAUGCCACUGCAAUAGCUUUAGAAGCUGUAAGAAAAGCACAUUCGGAAGAAUUACAACGACAAAUUCAAAAAUUCAAGGAUGAAUUUGUACUUAAAAUGAACAAAAGAUUUGAAACUGAAGCCUUCAAAAAAUGUUAUGAGUCAGAUAUUGCUAGUGUUAAAUAUGAAAUCUUAUCUAUGACAGAGAAAUAUUCAGUCAAAUGUUUAGAAAAUGCAACAUUGCAUGAAAAAUUAGAAGUUAUGACUCAGCAACUUAAAUCCACAACAACACAGGUAGUGGAAUUACUUGCAAAAAACCAGCAAUUACAAGCUCGCUUGACUUCUGGUGCAGCUCAGAAACAAGAAGAGUUGCUGUAAUUAAAUAAUUUUAAACAUCUGGUGCAAACAAAAUUUUUUGCUCAUGAAAUGCCUGAUAGAUUGCUCACCAAGUAAUUUGCUUGGUAUGCCAAAUCUUACUAAGAUCAGCUGAACUGUAUAUUACAUCAUGCAUCAGAUCACUUGUAAUUAAAUCACAUUGUUGCAUUAUGUCAUUCUAUAUAUAUAUCUGCAUUAGAAAUUUUAUUUCUGUAAAAACAUUUUGUAUCUUUGAUUGAAAUGCCAUUUGUAUAUAUUAAUCAUACAGGAUAGAGAGUUUUAUAAUGAAAUACUGCAUAUAACUAUUAGUCAAUAUGCUCUGUUUGCAAAAAAUAAAUACCUUGUUUUAUUUCACAUAAUUUAUGAAAUAAAAAAAAUGAAUGAAUGAAAAUUACAAAACACAAGUUAUUUUAUGAAGAUUUUUUAAAAUUUUCAGUUAAUUAAAAUUAUCAUUUUUCAUAAUGAGAUUCUAGUAUUUUUCAAAAUUUUCUGAUAAUAUGAUUAAAAUAAAACUAUUUUUGCAAAUCUCAGCUUUAUUUUGAGAGGUGAAAGCAGUUUGAAUCAGCACUCUAUAAACAUAAUUUUUGAAGUCUUUCACCCCUAUCUUGUUACUGAUCAAAAUUUAAGACUAUUUUUGCUGUUGUGAUUAAGAUAAGAGUAAUGAAUUAAAUUUCAAUGUGUCCGAUAUUUGUUAUUUAAAUAGUAAAAUAUAUUACAUAUGUGCUAGUUUUCUGCACACAUUUUUCUUGUAUGUAAGAAAGGUUAGGUGUUAACUGAUUCAAGUAUGUUUUUAUAACCUAGACAAUGCUGUUGCAUUUUUGAUACAUACAUGUUAUCCAUAGUCUAAGAAUAAGAAGUCAAAUACUUAGUAGGAUUUCUCAAUCUGAAGUCGUAGAGCUUAUGUUAAUCAAGACUGAAGCUAAUAUGUAUAGUUAUCUAGCAAUGUAAAUUUAAAAAUUACAUCUAGUGAAAUAACUAGAAGGCUGUUUUUAUAGUUAUAUUUAGCAGCUUUUUCGAGAUUGCUGACGAGUAUGAAAUAUAUUUAAUGCUCCAAGUUACAAGAAAAUAUAAAAUUGUUAAACACCAAAUAAAAGUGUAUCUCUAUGUAAACUAAGUGUAACAUAUUGUACAGUUUAAACUAAAGCAAUAAAUCACAGACUAGCCAUAAGUGACUUAUUUUUGUAGCUAAUAAAUCAUAUAAUAAGAGAAUUUUAUGGUUGUUAUGAGAAACUGUUGUUGGUUUGUAUAUUUUAUAAAUUAAAGCUUAUAAUUUUAGAACUUGUACAUAAAGAUCGAGUACAAAGAAUAAUAAAAACUUAUCUUACAAAA